AUGGAUCGAUGCGUAAAACUUAGUCGAUUGGACGACGCAAUAAUUCAUGAUGAUAUUCAUAGCACUACAAAAAGCAUACAUUUUCAGGGUGACCAUAAUCUACGGGACCAAGCUACAUGGGUACAACACCAACACAAUGAUUCACUCGAUAAAGAUUUCGAGUUGGCCAACAAGAGAGCGCAACUAGACAGCAAGCUGAAGAAAACUUUCGAAUCAAUAUUCGAAAAGUAUGGUAAAGACUUUGAUGGUAUUGGUGACGAGAUUGAUAUUGCAACCGGCGAGAUCGUCGUAAAUAAUGGCCAUGUGCUAUUCAUGCACGAUGAAAAAGAUGCCGGCGAGCGAAACCUACAAAACGACAAGCAACUGGUAGUCGACAAUCUUUCCAAUGAUCUAAUCAACAAUUUUGAUAAAUGUAGUGUUUUUGAAACCGAAGCAACAAAAGAGAAAUGUGACGAUGAAAAAUUUAAAGAUAUAGAUGAAACCAUCAAUUCUAUAGAUGACCAGGAGGAAGACGAUUUAAUUCUAAGGGGAUUUUUCCGAGCGAAUCGUUACCUACAGAUGAAACCCAAAGAAGAAAUUGAUCAGAAUUGUGCAAUUCUUUAUAAUAGCCCUCACAAUUGUGUGUCAUCAUGCACUUUAGCUGGUGGGAUAUCCCUAGACUCCAGGCCCGAUUUAGCAGAGAAACCAUACAAAAACAAAUUCGAGCGUCUUCCAGUAAAUGAAACUCAAAUAGAAAAAGCAUGGAGAGUUCCAGAUCUUCCAAUUUCUCAACAAAGUGAUGGCAUUGAGUCCGCUUGGAGAGUGCCUUGUAUUUCUACUGACCUCCUAGAAAGCUGCAAGGCUGAAGUGACCUUUCCGCAUAUAUUUGAAGAUAGACAAUUCUCUCCACCGCAAAAGGUGAAGUCUCUAUGGGCGCCAGCUAAGCUAAGUGUAGCGCGAAUUCCUGACAGACUUGACAAGAGUAUAAAUCGUGGUGAGAAACCAGAAGAAAGGGUACAUGAAUCUAAUAAAAACCGACAACCUCAAAUCAACAAGGUAGAUUGGCGCACUCAUUAUAAUGCCCGUAAAAACACAUACCAAGCUUUGAACUCAGUGGAGAAAAGACUUUUGCUAGACUGGGUCGCGAAAGGUCGACAGGAAGGGCUUGCAGAACAAAGAAUAUUUAAGGAAUUUAGAGCUAAGUACCCUCAUCGCACCUUGAAGGCUUGGAAGUGUUGUUUUCAGGAAAUAGACCCCCACCUAAUAAAUGAAAGUGUUGAAAAUAAAAAAGAAGCCACAUCGCAACGUUUUUGCAACGCUCAUGUAUCAAAAGAACCAAAAGAAAGCAAAAUCAAGCCAAUAAUCGAAGUACACCCUCAUCAAGACGAAAAAAACCAAGAAGUAUCUAAGUCCCAAAAAUGUCAUGAAUUAUCCCAAUCAUUAGUCAGUCCGAUUGAUAGAUUAAAUACCCCUGACUGUCUCGAUCAUAACCUACAACCUAGUAAUUUUAAGCAAGGUAGCAGUAAUCCUAAAUCUGAUAUAUUGCCUAAUAAACAUGUAUCUCCUAAAUUUCAAUCGCCGGACCUCAUGAAGUUUGAGAAGCAGAAAGCAAAUGUUAUAGAAACUGAAGGGUCAUUAAUUGAAUUGCAUACGCAGGCUGAUUCUGAAAGUUGGGAACAAGAAAAAUUAGGACAGCUGAUUCCCUUACCCAAAAAUACCAGCUGUAGUACCAAACCCCAGCUCACGCCAAAAAAAUUAUUCGAAAAUAAUCUACAAGCAGCAAAAUCUGUUGGAGAAAAUUGUAUAGAAGUUUCUCAUGCCGUGAACCAUUUAAAUCAAUCAGACUGUCAUUCUCCAAAAGACUGUAAUAAUUUGGCUGUUCUCAGAGAAGCUCACACGUGUGAAGGUUCAUGUCUCGAUGAUAUUAUACCUUCUCAAACAUCGCAAAUAACAGCUAAAGAAGAAACUGAGAGAUUACUGACAGAGAAACAUUUAAGUAUUCAAGCUUCACUGACCACUCAUCAUUUACUCCAAGAAAAUUUCAAUGAAAUUGACAAGACAGAGGCGCAGAAAAUCCCCAAAAGAAAUAGCUCAAAAAAUUUUGAUAUGUCUCAAUCUAAUUGUAAAACUUAUUCUUUAUCGGAGUGCCAAGAAGUAGCUAUUCAUCAGUCAGAAACGCAGUCUAAUAUAAAAUUUGGGAUAAAAUCAGAGAUUCGUCAGAGUAGUGCUAGACCCUGUGCACAAAAUGCAGAUUCAACUAGAGAAGAACCUAGAUCUAGCUUUAAUAAUGCUUCAAAAACAAAUAAAGCUCUAGUGCCACCGCUAGGAAUAGAAGAAAUUGAUGAAUUGAGUCUAGGACAGAAAGAGAUUCUGCUAAUUUCAUCUGAGCCCAGGCCAUCUUUCACCGCCGACUGCCAAAGAAUUUUGGGGAAAGAAGAUCCUCUGCAAUCCCCCGCCCUCAAAUUGACUGUUAGACGUCGAAAGAAGCGGAAGCUAUCCACUAAGGGGGAUGAGAUUGAUGAGUUAGGUAUAGAGCAUGAAAGAUCACACUUUGAUUUGCAAGCACCUUCACUGGCCUUAACUUGGCCUGAUAUUUCAGUGCCUCGAACUAAAAUUAGCGAACUGGAAAAUAAAGAGAAAAUUCUUCAAAAUAUCCCAUCUUCAAUCCGAAAACGCCGACUUAACGAAGGUCAUCCGCCUAAAGUUAGGGAAGUUCCAGUCUCGUGCUCACAUAUAGAUAAACUUCAUCCAUCAGGUGCUGAGAGCCCACUAUUAAAUAUUACUGUGGGCCAGAAAAAGAUUAAAAGUGAUAGCAACCAAAAUAAUUCCCAGCUGGCUCAGGAACUGUCUAUACUACCUCAGAAUAAAAGUGAAAAUGUUGAUAUGCAGGAAUUGAAGCACGCAUUGAACCCACCUGGUUUUAAAAGACUAGAUAAUCACGGAAAAUCCGACUUCAAGUGUGGUAAAUUAUUUUGCUUCCAAUGCCACUAG